CGAGGCACUUUGAUGUACUGCGGGCCAACUGAGUUCGCCUCUGGUCACUGGGCAGGAAUUGCUCUCAAUGAACCAAGCGGAAAGAACGAUGGUUCUGUUGGGAAUGUACGAUACUUUGACUGUGAGCCAAAAUACGGAAUCUUCGCCCCAGUAUCAAGAGUGACCAAAGCAAAGAAAUACGAGGCACCAGACGGUUCAUUUGCAGAUAGGCCAUUGUUAUCAAGGGAUGAAGAGAAAGUUAAUCAUUAUAAAGCUAAGUUCCCGAUCGGGCAACAUGUAUUGGUGGCAGGACAGAAAAGAGGGAACGUUCAGUUUGUAGGAGAGACCAGCUUUGCUACUGGGAUAUGGGUUGGAGUCGAACUAGAUGAGCCAUCUGGCAAAAAUGACGGAUCAGUGUCUGGAGUGCGCUAUUUUGAGUGCCCUAUGAAUUAUGGAAUUUUUGCUCCAAGCUCAAAAGUUGAGAGACUUUAUUCCUAUUCUGAAGACACAUCAAAAGAAAAUAAAGAAGAGCAAACUCAUACGGAGAAUGGUUCCAACUCGGGAGUUAAAGCAAGAAAGUCCAGUCUAGAAUCUGACAGUAGCUCCAAGAGCAAUGGUAGAUGUCGGGCUGCCAAAUUGGAAGACUUUGAUAAAAGGGAACAUGGAGCAAACGUUGUCAAACAAAUGAGCACAGCCGAGCCAAAAGGAGCAACAAUCGAUCCAUCGUUUAAGCUGAAAUGUGGGAUGAGUGUCUACGUCAAUAACGAGCUUGGUAUUGUACGUUACAUUGGUUUGGUUGACUUUUCAGAUGGAAUUUGGCUUGGGAUUGAGCUUCGAAAACCGAGUGGCAAAAACGACGGUGCUGUCGGCGACAAAAGAUAUUUUACCUGCAAACCAAAACAUGGAUUAUUAAUUCGACCACACCGUGCAACAUGCAGGGGGAUUAAUUGUGGCAUGCUUGUUCCUGCGCUGUAAGGUUUUUGUGCAGUGAAGCACAUAUUCACAACAAGAUCAAUGCAGCCAUCCUAUUGGUAUUCAGAGUUCUACCUUCAUAAAUUUCAAAGGAAAUUUUCUUGGGGACAGCAAGCGACCUGGCUCCGCUUCAUUAAAGGUCGAAGAGGCAGCUCAGUGCUGAAAAGUGUUUUUUAAAAUUUGAACCAUUAAUUUGUAAAGGAAAUACUGCAUUUCUUUGAUAAUAUUUUUUAUGUUUGGCAGAAUCCAUCAACUCCGUCAACAUAAUCAUCAUCAAUCAUCAUAAUCAAAGUCAACAUAAUCAUCAUCAAUCAUCAUAAUCAAAGUCAACAUAAUCAUCAUCAAUCGUCAUAAUCAAAGUCAACAUAAUCAUCAUCAAUCAUCAUAAUCAAAGUCAACAUAAUCAUCAUCAAUCGUCCUAAUCAAAGCCAUCAAAAUCAUGAUCAAACAUCGUAAUCAGAGUCAUCCAAACCCGCAUACUUUGAGUGAGAACACGUGACACCAAUAUCAAAUAAUCCAAUGCACUUCUUGAUUCGAUUAUGUAUGUUUGUAUUCCUUUUCCUUAAAAGAAUAAAUAAAUAUAUAAAUCUAUGUUUGUAUGAUAGGAAACUAUAUAUCUUGUUUAUAUUGUAAUAGAUAUAAGCUUUAGCUGUAAAACUGUAGAAAGUAGAAUUCUAUUUCGUGAAAAGUUAUACGAUUAUACAUUUUGAUAGAAAAAUGUUUUUUCUCUUUUAUAUCUGAUAUUUUUAUUAAAUUUUAUUGAAUUUUAAGUUGCUCUAAGCAGGUUGAUUUUAAAGUUCCCUUCCAAAAAACUUUGCCUAGUUUCAUGCUUGAAAUAUUUUAUUAAUGGUUUUAAUCAGAAAUUUUACAUCAGAAUCAAUGGUGUAGUCGUAAAAUUUUAGGAAUUGUGACUAAAAAUUAACCAAAUGUUUUAAAACCUGUCGGCUUAGGCCCUUUGCUUCUGUGAGCCGCCAUUUUAAGCGCCGUUUCCAUACAAUGGAUUGACAAAGAGUGAAUCUAAGAAGAGUUCUUUUGCAGCUCAAUUGAAUCAGAACUAAACUCAAUAUUUGUUUACAGUCAAAUCUUGAUAAAGCAAUCAUUUUUGCAGUUGUUUUGUACAUACCUUUGUUACAUGAUACCAAGCUUUUAUGAGCUGGUAGCAUUUUGUGGCCUGACAAGCUUCAGUAUAGAAAACCUUUGAAAAUGGCAUUUUACACAUACCUACCUGCUUUAGAUGAGUCAUUGUGUAAAAACCCAAUCUUACCCCACUCUGAAACUUUCUGUAUCAAUUUUCUGGUAACCAAGGAGUAUUUGAAAAAAAUUUCAUCAAAAUCAAAGUUGCCCCCUGGGCGUGGUCAACAUUUGAAAUCUUGGUGCACUGAUUGUGUAAGUAUACUGAAGAGACAGAAUUUUUGUGUUGUUUUAGUCAGAUUCAGAAUUACAAGAGCUUUUAUUUGAUACCAAAAUUUUUGUUGUAGGUGCUACAGAACAGAAACGAGGAGCAUCUGGGUGUGGUCCGGAUGCCCCCAAUUUUAGGAAUUUUGCAAUUUUUGACCCGUCAUAACUCGGAAACGGGUUGACCUAGAACCCUUAAAUUUUGGGUGUAAGAUUUUCGUAUAGAGCACUACACCUACGCAAAUUAUCAGCAAAAUCUAUGAGGGUCACUUUACAAGCUGGGUACACUUGACAUGGAAUAUCCCUAACAUAGCCUUUUUUGUGUUUUUGCUCCUGAGUUCUAGCCACAAGUAAAGGCAAAAUGUUUUUCCUGUUUCUGCACAUUUUUAUGACAGUUGAUGUGCAGUGAAAAUUAAGGAACUAUGUAUUAAGGAACUUUUCGUACUACAAUUUGAUUAUUUCAGGUCUACGAAUAAGGAACUUUUGGAACUAGGCCUUGAGGUAGGUUUCUUAUAAAAAAAGCGUGUAAUGUUGAUUUGGCUUUUAUUGUAUUUUUAAGGCUGCAUUAUAUAAACAAAGUUGAAUUGAACUGA